GUGGUGGGAUGGGCGUAAAGGGUUGAUAAGGUUCACGUCCAACACAACCAUGGAGGGAUAUACCGUGACAACGACGUAUAAUGUUCCUCCAUUCACUAAAUGGGAAUGUCACUCAACCCAGAAACUUUCAACAAAUGGAUAUUUUUCACUGAAGUCCACUGUUUCAGCUGUUUUAUUUAAUGGAGGCACUUGGUAUCUCUAUUUGUGUCUGAAGCUGACGGCCAUAACGGACGCUACCUUCCGUUAUUAUAUACGUAACCCUACACAAACGGCCAGCUUGUCAUACAACCGGGUAUCUACGGAAAAUGUCAACUCUCCUUUGGCUUACAACAGCAUUUGUCUGGAAGAUUCAAGUCCGAACCUCCCGCUUGCAUCCGAAUAUGGCGUUUGGAUCAAGAAAGGCCAAGAAGUGAAUGCGAAGAUAGCAUGUCCGUAUGCGUUACUGGGGACAUACGCUUUUGAUUACCGGAAUGACGCCACUGGUGCGUCUUCUAGCUGCACGGGGAAAGCGUUAGACAUGUGCACGGUAAACACAGAGAUGAGGUUUAACUACAGCGGAUGUGAUCCAAAUCUAACGGCAUUAUCGUUUUCAGCGUCCAACACGGUAUGGUGUGUGGACAACGUGCUGUACAACAAUUUCUACUACGUCACGACGUUUAACGGAAAUGAUGCUGACGCCACGAUCGACAACGUUACCACAUUUAGAUUCAGUUGUUUUGCCCUAUCAACUGACGGGAGCGCCGAUAAAGUUUUCGAUUCAUCUUGUGGAAAUAACACUGACAAUAUCUUCUUGACCAGAACCAGUGCGUCAUGUCCCAUUCUUACCGCUCCCGCUAAUGGCGCUGUGACCUACAAGACAGAUGGCGCUACCACCAAUGCCAUCUUCACGUGCAGCAGUCAAUUCUCAUUGGCUGGUCCAGCUUUCCGCACGUGCCAAGCAAACUUUACAUGGUCGGACCAAAACCCCACGUGCACAUGUAUUGCUCCGAGCUCGUUUGCAAACGGUUCUGUGUCCAUAUCGUCUGACGGAACAACCCUGUCAUACACGUGCAAGGCGGGUUUCGUACUCGUGGGAAAUCAAACACGCACGUGCACGGGAAGUAAUUCAUGGUCAGGAGCACCUCCGGCAUGCAACUGUAUAGAUUCAUCACCACCAAUUAAUGGCACAAUUACCAGAAAUGGCACGUUCGCCUACUUCCGAUGCAAUGCGGGCUUUGUCAUGACAGGUUCGGCCAUCAGCGAGUGUCUGUCCAACGGCACAGGAUGGAGCUCUCCCACUCCAACAUGCAAUGCAUGCAGCGUUCUUAGCAAUGUGAGCGGUGGCAGUUACACAUUGUCAUCCAACGGCACGACGACGACGGCUACGUACACCUGCAGCACGGGAUACACCAUAUCUGGCGUGACGUCACUCAUUUGUCAGACUAGCGCCGUAUGGAGUUCUAGCACACCGACAUGCGUAUGUAACAACGUAACGGCGCCAGCAAAUGGUGGCAUCUUUUCGCAAGAUGGCAAGGCGGUGACUUAUUCAUGCAAUCUGAACUACAGCAUUUCUAGUCCUGCCCUCGGCUACCGCUCUUGCAAUCCGGACGGAAGUGGAUGGACCGGAAGCGACCCCACGUGUGUCUUGUGUGCUCCUUUGUCGCCUGUAACUAAUGCAACGUACACCCUGUCGACUUCAAGCAACCUGAUUACACAGGCGACAUUUUCCUGUAAUGUUGGAUGGAGCAUGUUUGGUAACGAGAACACCAAAUGUCAGGGUGACGGUUCUUGGAGUCCUGCCUCGUCGUCGUUAGACUAUCCCUCGUGUGAGUGUUCCACUCCAACCAAACCUGCCAAUGGGAACGUGACUGCCGAUGGGGCCGAGGUAACGUUCACGUGUGACUCAGGCUACUCGAUGAACGGCAGCUCGUCAGGAGUAUGUGGGAGCAACGGCACCGGCUGGAGCAUUGCAACCCCCGCUUGCAGUAAGCCAUAA